CACAGUGCAAGGGACUAGCCCCCUCUCAUCACACGGCAGCAGAUGAUUGUUAGAAGCAUACGGUAAAAAUAGAUAUUAAAUGUUAUUGCUUGUAUGCCUUCGGCCUUCUUCAAGUCGCGGAUAUAUUUUUUUCUGAACCCACUAACCCUAUUAUUAUAACGGAAUCCCAGAAUCGGACCUCCAUCAAUUCACCAUGCAGUCGGAGGAACGCCAGAUAUCAGUGUGGGUUUGUCAAGAGGAAAAACUGGUGUUGGGUUUGUCCAAGCGCACGACCUGUGCCGACGUGGUGAGGGUGCUGCUUCUGGACGACCACCACAACGCGCGGGUAAAAGUGUCCAAACAAGUGACGCUUCGACGCAGACCUCAAUCCUAUUGCGUCGUUGAGAUAUGGAAAGAACUCGAGCGCGUUUUGCCCGAUAACACAAGAAUCCUGCGUCUAUGGGACGCGUGGGGAGCGGAGGAGCAGGGCAACGUGAAGUUUGUGCUGUUCCAGCAGGAGCCGUCUGCGGUAUUUGCUGCGCACGACGCACGGCUCUGCGUUCCUGCAGGGGCCGCGGUUGGCCCCUGCAGGAGCGCAGAGGCGCGCGUCGUGCGCAGCAAAGACAGCCCUCCCGCUGCUGCAGGAGCGACCAAUUCUAACGCCGCCAUGUGUUUCUCUCCGGGAAAACAGCGUCGAAUAGUCAGGAAAGCCUUCAGAAAAUUGGAAAAGAUAAAUAAAAAAAAAACGCGGGCGACGUCCGUAGACGCGACUUCGAUACGAAUGGAGACCAUAAUCCAUCGCGUAGCUUCCCAGGACCACGCGAUCCGCCAACAGGUCCACAGGAUCCACGAGCUGGAUAAGGAGAUAGACUGUUUUGAAGCGCAGGUUCAUGCGGACAGAAUGAAAAGUCACGGGGUCAAUUAUGUGCAAGAUACAUAUUCAGUUGACGGCCCGGUGGAGAGGCCCUUUACGCGCGAAGGUGACGCGCUCUCAUCGGUGGACAGGAUCGCCAACAUGGAAGAGUACCUGCGUCAAUGUCAGGAGAUGGUGAAGCUGCAGGAGAGGCUGGAAGAUCACGAGGCACUCGUGGACAGCAUGACGAGGGACAUUCAAGAGGAGUUGAAUCGAAGAUGGAUGGAGAGGAGGAGGAGAGAGGAGAAGCCCAUGGCCUGCACCACAUCACCACCACACCUCACGAAGACCCCGGGCAUGCACACUGUUGGAUUGGUGGCAGGAAACGACUGUCUUUUGGACCACGUUGAGAGGAUCCGAACAGAGCUCGAUGCUAGUUUAUACAUCGGACUUCGCUUAGACACGGAUUUAGUUGCUAUUGACCACGAUUUGCAGCUGACCCAGGUGACGCUUAGAGCCAGGGAAAGAGAGAUCCAUGCUUUACUGAAACAAUUGGACACUUUGGAUGCUGACGAAGAACCAUUGACGUUUGAGAAGUGCAGUGAUAAUGUGCCAAAAGAGGGGGAGAUGGUGUGGAGUUUAGAAACUAAGAGAGGCUGGGUUGAGCAAACCAGAUGCUGCAAUAUCAGCCAGGAUGAAGACUCGGACACAGGGAUUAGUUCCCUGCACAGUCAAGACUCAGACACUUAUCCAGUUAUCUCACUCACCUAACAUUACUAAUAUAUUCAGUUGAGGCUACUCCACUCCCUAAGAUCUGGUGUCCAAUGUCGUAAAUGUUUAUGUCAAAUAAAUCCUUCAUUAAUCCUUUUGUUAAGGCCGCUGUAUAAUUAUUAAAGAGCAUGGAGUUGCCAACAUUUGCUGACAUUCUUUUUUCUUUUGUAAAAUCCAAGGUCUUGGAUAUUGACAUAGUGAACUUCUAGUGAGUAGCCUAUUCCACACUAUAUUUGGGUAAUUAAAUGUUAUUUCUAACACGUGUAGACUAUUUCUCAAUGUAUUUAGAUUAUUGCCAUAUUGCCCACAAUCAGGCAAGAUGAAUUUAUCAAACCAUAUAUGCAUUCUGCUUUCAACACAUACUAAUCAACUAAUCAAGUCUUUCACCUGUGAUCUUCCCAAACAAAUCAUGAAAUGAAUGCUGUUCAUUUUUAUUUCCAGCAUCAACGUAACGUUUUCAAUACCAGAACAUCCGCACUGAUCAUUUGCACAGUUUGCUACAUUAAAGAGGAUUGCCUAUUCCAGUGCCUGUGGUACACUGUUGACAAUGACAUAACCCCAAAACAAUGUUGACA